AUGCGCAAUCCUGACCCAGCGCCCGCUCGAUAUACCUCCUUGGCCUGGGCAGCGGUUUGCGGGUGCGAAGAUAUCUUUGAGUAUUUAUUAUUGAUGUGUCACGACGAUGAAGAGCUCAGCAAGGACGCCGAAAAGAACACGAUUUUGUGCUUACUCGCGGGUGCACCAGGAAAUUCCCCAUCCGGUUCUAUGCAUACACCUAUGGAUGACGCGACUACACAAGCUUCCAUGAGGAUGGCCCGAAUGUACCUCCAACGUUUCCCUUUCAUCACAGAUUGGUGCAAUCAACACGGAAAAACAGCUUUACAUAUCGCUGCUUCAAAUGGUAACGAUGAGUUUGUUCGACUUGUGCUGAUGUCUGGCAGUGCGAGUGCCUGGGGUCACAUACCGGUUGCGGAUUUAAUGCGAAAAAUAACGAUGGCUUUACUCCUUCAGACUAUGCAUACUCGUAGGUAUCCAUUGACUGCGUAUGAUCACAACAACUCAAAUGUCACUCCCGACAUUAGUAACAGCGUUCUAGAGGCACUGCAAGAAACCGCGAGAAAUCGUUGGGAGGUCAGUAAGAAGUCUCGGGUAGUUGCUCAACAACAAGCGCGGAGGGCGUACGGUCAAGGCGUUAACCGCCAAGAUGAAUUCUCCCGACUGGAUGCAGGUGUUUCGCGGUUCAGGAGCGGUUCAGGAACUACAUCUGCCUCUGAUAGUACGGAUUUUGAGAUAGCAAUGUCGACCAGCGCUCCUGGCUCGUCGCAAUUCUCUGGGCAUUCGUCAUCCGGAUCGCUUCCCCGCCCACCUCCAUCCAAUGGAACUAUCCUAACCCCGAUACCCUCAUCUGCAGCUGCCAAUGGAACUCGUAAUCGGAAUACCUCUACGUCGUCCUCACACGCCCCUAGCCAUUCCAGCCGACCCAGCAUAUCAUCAAUAGCACCCAAUGGUCGAUCCAACCCGCCCACCUCUAGCUCCUCUUUGGGAGUUAAAUCAUCCUCUGUCAAAAAUGCAUUUUCUCCAAUUGCUCGCCUGUUGGAGCGAGAUGCCGAUGCAAUGGCCGAAUAUCGAACUAGAAGUGGCAGUCAUAGCAGUGUCACAACGGCAGAGGCCAACCUUGCAAAUGCCAU